GCAACAUGCUAGUGCAAGCUUAUAACCUAAUGGCUCACGCCUUCCUUCUCUUCCUCUUAUUCCCUUACAUUAUAUCCACGAAUAUUCAUGCCUGCAAACAAAUUGAACGCAGCUCCCUCUUGUCCUUUGCCUCCACUCUCUCUUCUCCUCCUUUAAAUUGGACAUCCAUUGAUUGCUGUCGUUGGAAGGGCAUCACUUGUGAUCAAGAUGGUUGGGUAACCCGUUUGCUCUUGCCUUCCAAAGGGCUCAAAGGAGGUAUCUCUCCCUCUUCACUUGCAAAUCUCACGCAUCUCACUCACUUGAACCUUUCCCACAAUUCACUAUAUGGUUCACUUGAAACUCAGUUCUUCUUGUCUUUGAAUCGACUUGAGAUCCUUGAUUUGAGCUAUAAUUGUCUUUCUGGAGAGCUACCACUUUCUCUACCAUCCAGCAAUAUCCGGACAGUGGAUUUGUCCAGCAAUCACUUCUUUGGUGCAAUUCCAUCUUCAUUCUUCCAACAAGGAAGCAACUUGACUAGUUUCAAUGUCAGCAACAACACCUUCACUGGGUAUGUUCCAUCCUCCCUUUGUGUCCAUUCUUCUCCCUCCCUUAGGCUAUUGGAUUUUUCUUCCAAUGUAUUCAGUGGCAACCUUGCUCCUGGGCUAGGGAAGUGUUCCAAACUGCAGGUUUUUCGUGCCGGUCACAAUAACCUCUUAGGAUUAUUUCCAGAAGAUAUCUAUAAUGCUACCAAACUUGAAGAAAUUGCAUUACCUCUCAAUUCACUACAUGGAGCCAUUAGUGAUAAAAUUGUCAACCUCACCAACCUUGCCAUCCUUGACCUCUCCUAUAAUCAUUUUGGUGGCGAGCUUCCUCUCAAUUUGGGGAAGCUCUCCAAGUUGAAGUUUGUGACUUUUGAUUUCAACAAUUUAGAAGGUGCUUUGCCCCCAUCUCUGAUGAAUUGCACAAACCUUGUAGAAUUGCAUUUGGGAUCCAACAGCUUGGAAGGAGAUAUCUCCAUCCUUGAUUUUUCCAGACUUAGUCAACUUACUAAACUGGAUCUAAGGAACAAUAACUUCACUGGGGCAAUAAAGAUAUUGAUGAGUUGCAAAAGUCUUCACACACUCAUGCUUGAUGGUUCCUUUGUAGGCGAGGGAAUGCCAUCUGAUGAUGACAUGGUAGAUUUUGAUGGAUUCCAAAAUCUAAAGCUUUUGAGUUUGGCUAGUUCUAACUACACGGGUCAAAUACCUGUAUGGUUAUCAAAGCUCAAGAAUUUACAGAUCUUGGAAAUGCGUUCUAAUCAAAUCACAGGGCCAAUUCCAAGUUGGUUGGGGACUUUUCCUAGACUGUUUUAUAUAGACUUGUCAGACAACCAAAUUUCAGGUGAAUUUCCAAAGCAACUUUGUAGAUUACCAAGGUUGCUUUAUGAACCUAAAGUAGAAGACCAAUAUGAAUUUGAAUUGCCUACCUUCAUUAGCGAGAUAAUCGCAAAUCAAAGUUAUCUACAACAAAAAUUGUCUUAUUUUCCACAAACGAUAGACUUAUCUAACAAUAAUAUUAGUGGUCAUAUACCUACUGAGAUCGGCCAAUUGCAGCUUCUCCACCAGUUUUUUCUUGGCUCCAACAACUUCUCCGGCAUCAUUCCAAACCAAAUAUCUAACCUAAAAAAUCUAGAGGUUUUAGAGUUCUCCUCAAAUCAUUUUUCUGGAAUAAUCCCAUCGUCAUUGGUGAGCCUUAAUUUCUUGAGAGAAUUUAAUGUCUCUUACAAUAAUCUUGAAGGACCAAUACCAACAAGCACCCAGCUCCAAAGCUUCAAUGCUUCUGCCUUUGAGGGGAAUCCAAAACUUUGUGGUGCCCCACUUCCCAAUAAGUGUGGACCAAAUAAGGACAUGGAUGUAGAUAACAAAAACAACAAAGACGAGGGCAAUGGGCAUCAUCAACUUUCGUGGUUUUAUAUUUUCGUUAUGUUGGGGUUCAUAGUAGGAUUUUGGGGAGUGUGUGGUUCUUUAUUCUUCAUUUCAAAGUAACUGGACUCAAAUUUAAAGGAUAUAUGUUGUUCGGUUCAUAAAGCUAUGGGGGAAAAGAAACCCUAAACUCAU